AUGGGUAAACUUGAAUACUAUCAAGAAUCUUACAUUCUGCAGUUCCUAUGGGGUGAGUUGGGGGAAUACCCUCACUCCCUCCAACAAGUGCUGAAGAAUGCUCAUGUGGAAGGUCACUUUUUCACUGCUCACUCUUUUCUGACAGUUUGUUGCGGACGUGAAACAAAGAGGAGGAGGCCAGAAGCUGCAUACGAAGCCUACAGCAAAAUUCUAAUUCCCCUGGUGGACUCUUGUGGCAAAGAGGUUCUCUGUCAUAAUGUUCUCCAGAAGGUGUUGGAUUUCCUACGGGAACAUCCGACGUGGCAUGUUGCUCACAUUGUUGCACAGUUUGGAUUCGUGGAAGCUUUGAAAAAUGAAGUGGUUCUAGCGGAGCUCAACAGCCCUGAGGAAGGAGAAGGUUUGUACCCCCUGCAUGUCGCCACAGAAAACGAAAAUGAUAAGACCAUUAGUGCCAUCAUAGCAGCUGGUGCCCAGGUGGACAUGGUCGACAAAGAAGGAAAUACGGCAGUUCAUAUUGCAGCUUCUAAGUCAGUUGCUGUCAUUCAGGCCUUGAAAGUCAAGCACAAUCCAGUGCUGAACAAGAAGAACGCAGCGAACAAAACUCCGUUGAUGGUAGCCGCACAACACAGCAAGAUGGAGAACAUAAAGCAGCUGAUACAGCUAGGUGCCAACCUCAACCAUGAAGAGGAGUUACCGGACCCUUCAAACUCACUCUAUUGGGAGAAGAUCGAGAAACUAGUCUUAGCCAAGGAAAUUAGCUCUAAGGAUUUGCACAAAGGUGGGAGCCUGCUUCACUGGGUAAAGAGUCGUGAACUUAUGGACCUCUGCCUUGAUGCUGGUUGCAACCCAGACUUGAGAAAUGAUAAGCAACAGACUCCACUUCAUGUUAUGGUUAAUCGCAACAGGUUCCAGUGUCUUAUGACGCUGUUGUGUAGAGGAGCAAGGCUAAUUGUGGCCGAUUUGGAAGGCACCACUCCUCUCCAUCUAGCUGCGGCUCAGUGUUCGGCAACUUUAGUACAGGCCUUUAUUGUUUUCGGAGGGGAGAUAAACGCGGUCAACAAACGAGGAGAAACUGCGAGACAUUUAGCCGCGUCUUGCAAAAUCGAAGACAAGAACAAGAGUUCCGAAAGAGACAAGGUUAUCUAUCUGCUUCACACAGUUGGAGCUACCAGAUGCCAAACAAAGUUAGCUGCCUGCGCCGGGUGUUUAGACGAAGGGAAUUUCAACGGUGUUCCUCUGUACGAAAAGCCACUCCACAGGUCCCGUUGGAUUAUGGACGAACAGCUCUCUAAACGGCAGAUCUCUGACGCGAUCCGGUGGCAGGUGCAGAACAGGAACGGCAACCAGCGAACAGGUCGCGUCCUGUGUCUCGACGGAGGAGGAAUCAAAGGGCUGGUGAUGACGCAGAUGUUGUUCGUCAUACAGGAAAUAUUGGGUCGUCCCAUACACGAGUGCUUUGAUUGGAUUUCGGGCACGAGCACUGGAGGAUUCCUGGCCCAUGAUUGUGUUCAGAAUGGCAUUGAAGAGGAAAAUGUCUUCAUGAGCACACAGCCUCCGGAUAAUCAGAAAGUGUGGCUGGCAGCUCGUUGUUCAGGAGCUGCGCCAACUUACUUUCGACCUUACUGUGAUAUGCACCUAAAUACUUCACCAGACUACUACACAGGACCUCGUCCUGUUUCACCAGGACACACCACCAUACCUCAUAGGAGAUCAGCCAAGUCGAUAAGAAAGGAUGAGAGCUGUCGGAGACGCAGUUUGAUCUAUGGUGCGAGUGAAAAGUUCCUGGAUGGCGGCUUAGUCGGAAACAACCCAGUGUUGGAUACUUUGGCGGAGAUUGAGGAAUGGAAUAUGGCAGUUAGAGCAAAGGGCAGAGAGGAUGAGGUCUUCAAUCCAAGUGUGGUAGUUUCACUAGGCUGUGGUAAACCUCCAGUGAUGCUGGUUGACACAGUGGAUGUUACUCUGCCAAGCAUACUGGACGUCCGACGAGGUUUCCAAGCCCUUUAUAAUCUAUUUAAUGUCAUGGUAGAACAGGCGUGUAGCUCCGAGGGCCGCAUCGUUGACAGAGCAAGAGCGUGGUGUUCAAACCUCAACGUACCCUUCUUCCGAUUCAACCCGCAGUUAUCUCAGGACGUGGCGUUAGACGAACACGACGACGAGUGCCUGGUGCGGAUCAUGUGGGAAACCAGGGCCUAUAUGAGGUCUCAGGCCAAGAUAUUAGCUCAGCUAAAGCCUCUGCUCAUCGACGCCGAAAUCGGCACAACUCCCACGAAAGAUGACGGUGCCUCGCCGUUCAAAGUUCCGAAAGCGGCGUCGUCCAAUUCGGACGUCGUCGACGCUCGGGCUGCAUCCGAGGAAAUAUCCCCAGACGAAGACAACAGUUUUCACUCCACUAUUCCAGACACCUCCGUGCAAGCAGCCGAGGGAAGUAUAGCUUCAGAAACUGGCGAAUCGAGCGCGGUCGAUAGCUUAUCUUUAGCCUCGUCCGAGGUCGUGGCCGCUGCUGUUGGAGCAGAUAGCUCCUCUAUUGCUAGCAGUCAGACUUGUUCCUCGGUUGAGCCCAACAGUGCCGUCGAAGACUCGGAGGAGGCAUCCGAGGAGGCAUCCAUAUCCUCCGUACAUAAGGUCGAGGAACAAGUUGGUGAUCAGCUGUGAUUUUGUCGACACUUUUUAUGCCAAAGUACCUCUGGUAUCUUUCUUUAGAAUUUUUGCACAUUUUUACCUCACAUCUCAAUGCUGUAAUUCACUUUUGGUGCUUCUCAUAUGUUGUAGAUAUUUUUCAAGGUAUUUGUACAGUAUAUAAUGUUGUGUGGUAUGCAUCACUUAUGACUGCAUUUGUAAAGCAGUAUAUAUUCAUUGAGAGAGUAAUCGGUUUCACCAGGAAUAUGGCUUUUUUCUCCGCUGGUUUUGCAAAGCGCUUCAUCUGAGAAGAUAGGUGAGGAAGUAUAACUGAUAGCAAUAUAUUUCCUAAAAUGUACAAAUCCUUUUAAAGGGGAACUAAAUUUUUAUGUGAGUUAAGGUUUGAAUUCCAUUACUUUUGUCACUUCUGUAUAAAGUUGGGAAUAGGGACCAGCAUCAGGUUUUCAGUUCCUGAAGAUGACAAUCAUGUAACAUCCUGAUAGCCAGGGUUCCACAACUUUCCUUCUAGCUUAAGCUAGAUUCCAUCAAAUCUAGCUCGCAGGUCAAACCUGGUCAGUGUCUCCGCAUUGCCUUUAUGGAGAGACUAAUCAGGGUGGUAGGAGGAAUAUCAGCAGAGGCCAAGUCUUUAUCUGGAUACUCCGAAACUGUCCUUGAAAAUGUGGCUUGCUCCUGCCAAGGUAGAAAAAAAAAUUCCACUGCCAUUAUCAAGAUCUUCCUUGCACUACCCAAGCCCCCACUAGCAAUACAUAUGUGCAACAGAUAAAUGCUGAAUUGUAUAGCAUUACCUCUCUUUCUCUCUCUCUCAUCCAACUGUAGAGUUGUAUGCUCUGAUAAUAUAGUGAUAUCUGCUGGUCGUGAAGCAGUUUUGUUUUCGUUAAUGCCAGAAUUUGCUCUUGAGAACAAAAGUUAAAGAGUAUCUUUUCAUCCAAACAGUAUUGCAUAAUCAAUUCAGGUAUAUACAUACUGGCAGUAAGGUUCCCUCUACAUUGCAUCCCUGCUUGUAAUCUGGUGAAGCAAAAGACGAUGCCUAGAAGUGUAAGAUUACGUUCUGUUCCUCGCAGUUCUUUCUUGUGAGAUUCUGUGGAUAUUGGUCUAAUUACUCUAAUUACAUAGGGCUGUAUAGUGCCCAACCUUUUGACAUUUCUGUGCUUACUCUUUCCUUAGUUGUUUGAGACUGUGCUUGCUGUAUAUUUCUUUGUUUCGCACAAAAGAUGCAGGGCUGUGUGAUGCAUACCACGCACAAAGAGGAACUUUUUCUUUUGAAAAUGUUUAUAUAAUACAGUGAAUGCAUCUAAAAAUGUACAAUACCACUCAAUGAGAAGGUUUUUCCAAGAUAUAGGUUACUCUCGCCAAAUCAGCAAGAUAUUGAUCAUAGUGGAAGUAGCGUCUAGUGCUUCAGGAUUAGCUGUAGUCCUCGCACUUUGUUUUCCAUGCUUUCCAUUUGAUUAUUUCUUCUCUCACUUUUCUCCAUCUACCUCUGAGGUGUAUCUGUUCACUCAAUAUUAAUAGACAUGAUUGAAAGCAUUUCAUAUCAGCUUAUUCAGGUUCCAGCUAUAUUGCCCCAUAGAUAUAUAGUGCAGUAUUUUGAUGCGUUUUUGUAUAUUGAAGCCAGAUUUAUCCUUUUUUGUGUACACCACAGUAUGAAUUUUGAUUUAAUUUUUGUAUCUUGUGUGGGUGAAUGGGUGCCUUGCUCAGAUAUAUGUUGUUUUUCCAUUUCUCUCUUGAGAAUUUUAUCACUUUUAGUUUUUGUAAGAAGGGUUCGUGUCGAAUCACUUGACUAAGACACAGGACCUUGAAACUGCUUUUAUCUUUUUGUAAAAAAUAUCUAUACACUCGAUAUUCAGUAGUUUAGCUCCAAAUAAGAAUUAGGUUGCUCUCAUUGGAGGAAAACACAGCAGCUUUAUAAAGGACUGAAUCUCAUGGUUAUUUUGUCCAGUUUCAAAUGUUGGUUUCAUUCUUAAAUAUGACAGCAUUUGACAUUCAGCAUUCUUUUCUAAGAACCUCCAGAUGGUUACUAACUUGACUUGUCCAAAUUUUAGCCCCUGCAGAUUUUAAUACGUAAAUUCAUGGCUUUGCUGAAAGUAGUCUUGAAUGAAGAUAAUGAACAUAUUCUGCUUCAGGAAACAAAUUACCAAAAGGCCAGUCUGUUGGUGUCGAAAUCAUUUUCUAUUCUUUGUACGUCCUAUUUCAAAUCCUGUGCCAUAUGAUUUGUAAGUUUGAAUAUAUUGCCAUUCCUGUGUCAUUUGUACCUUGAUUACAACUAGACAACAGUACGCCUUUGAAAAGGAAAGAGUCUGAUUGCAUUGUAGGGCAAUAAUCUCGACUAACAAUGCUGUGUCCUUUUAUGUUGAGAGAUGUUUUUCCAGAACUCCUUGAGGUGUUCAGAAGGACUGGAAAGAUUGUAGGACUAUUAAGCAAUCAUCAAAAUCCUAAAACAGGGCUAUAGUAAGAUUUCCUCCAUUGAAUCUUGGUUGUAAAAGUAAUUGUUCUUUACAUGACCCUUAGCAAUAUACUGGCCUCUUGUUCUGUGUAAAGUUGUUGUAAGUAAUCUUGUUGAUAGCCAGUAAGAUCGUUCACAUGUCGACAGAUUCACAGACCUGUGAAAUUUACGAGUCGACUCAUACCUUUGAACCCGAGGCGGCAAAUGAAGUACUGUUUUGAUAACGCCAUGAUGAAUUAGAGCCCAUGAUUCUUGCAUAAGUGGAGAGAAGAGGCAAUAAGAAUAUUUAAGUGUAAACAAAGAUCAUUGGGCAUAUAAUGUUAGUUUGAAGUGUAAUUUACCGCAGUGCUAUACUUUAUAACAAGCCAUUAACUGUGCAUACCAGGAUGGCUCAUUUUUGUAAUAAGACUUUUAUUUGUUCAUAGCCUUGUGCUGUGUGGUACUUCACACACUAUAUAUUUUUAUAUACCCAGAAGGUACUUACCUCUUUUUUUUUUUCUCUUUUUUUUCUUUUGUCGUGACAGUAUUUUGUUUUUCUUUUUGAAACAGGAGAGGAAUUAACUAACUCUAGUCAUUUCAAACGCUGUCAUCCUUCAGAUAUUAUUUGGAAGUUUUACGUUAACUACGGAUUUGUGAUACGUUUAUCGAUUUCACCCUACCAUGGGGUUCUUGGGAGUUACUGCAAUUAUCGUUAUGUUUACAGUUUUUUUUUUUUUUUUUUUCUACAUUUUAUUAUAUUCAGAACUUUGCUUUUUGUUUUCACAUGUAUCCAUUCUUCAGAUAAAUGUAAAUAAUAAUGGUAAUUUUUUACAGCAUUGUAAUGUUGUUCAGAUCUGCUGUGCUGAAACUUACUGUGCUGCUGGUACUUUUGUUAACCAAGUAUUCUGUCUGCAUAACCGAACGAUCUUGUUUUGUGUAUCGAGCUUUAUAUUAUUCAGGUGACUGGGUUCUCAGUAUUAUGGUCAACCGGUAGUCACUGUAACCUUUUCAAAUUUCUAUGUACACUCACCUUUAUGCAAUUGUCCUUUCAGUUCCUGGACAAAAAUGUAUAACGUUGUAUUAUAAUGAUUACGAGUACAGUAACAGGUUUGUUACAUUUCGCUACGAAUGCAGUAGCGACAUGUUCAUUAUGUAUGCUAAUUCAUUUCCAACCUCAAUUGUUUGCCUACAAAGCUAGUCAGAAAAUAUCCUACAAAGCUAGUCAGAGAAUAUCUUGUCUCCAGAGUAGGUAUUCGCUAGUUGCAGCUCGAUGUGAUAAAAGUUUAAUCCUAACUGAUAUUGUAACCUUAACAGAGAGUUUAAUUUUAAAGAUAUUGUUCUUUGGUAUAUAUAGCGAUUGAUUUAUGUAAAAGUUCUCUGGUAUUGUAAUGACAAAGAUCAUUCUGCAGUAGUACGUUGACAAAAGGCAGCUCCGCUUUCACUGCUUAGUUGUAACCAAUUUGAAGGGCAUUAUUAAUAUGUAUUUGUGAAGUUAUUCAAAAAUGUCCUGCUGUAUUUUUAAUCAGAAUUUAUAAACUGUACAGUUUGUAAUAUUUGUUAAGAUUAAUUUUGACUGAAUUGUUUUGAAUAGUAACUUUUAAAUCUUAUCCAGAUUUCUGAAACCCUUGGUGGCAGCAGUUAUCUGUAGCCAAACCUUCAGUUGCAGCUAGGCCUUCAUGUUAUGGCACUGGGAGGAUAUCUGCUUUCCCAAAACAUGCCAGAUUGAGUAGAAAGGUUACAGGAGUCAUCUCAUCCUCUGCUUACGUUUGCAAUAGGAUGCGUGGCAUUUCUAGGUGUGGUUCAACUCCAGUUAGUUCCCAGAGUCAACCCUGCACUAAAGAAGUGAGUCUCCUAUAUAAAAAUUGAUGGUUUGGAGUUCCAUAGGAACAAAUAACCGAAUUUUAAAGUAAUGUCCGUUGUUCUAGGUAUGAAAAGGUGACUUAUGACUGGUUAGGGAGGAGUAUUCCCCAAUUGAACCCCCAGGAAUACUCUUAUAUAGAAGGCUGUAAUAUGUUUGUGAUACACAUUUCUAACGAUUUGUGUGCAUUCUAUGGAAAUAACUAUGUUGUAUGAUUAUUUAUGUAGGUAAAAAUCAUAAAUUAUUGCAGCUCGACUCAAGAAAAGACUAGCUCUUUGUAGGAAUAUGGAAUAUUAAAGGGGAGUUUGUUUUUCAACUGCCUAAUAUAUUCCCAAAAUGGCAAGAAAUAGUAUCUUAUGUCACAUAGAUUGUACACAAAGUAGGCUUUUCAGUUUGUUAAUUACUAUAUAGUGUUUUGUCAGGGACGCAAUUUGGUUUAGGGUUUCCGGUAGAUUGUACAUUAUUAUUGCGAGUGAUUUUAUUUUUGUUAGGUGAUUGCCUCUAAGGUAAAUGCCUGUAGAUGUUUAGCAGAAAUGUUAAAUUGCACGAAAAUAAAAUAAUAGCUGGUCAUAUUUAGCCAUUCCCAUAUUGAAACAGCCCCAAAGGAGUUGAGAAUUUUGUGCCGGUCGUUGGACUCAACUGUGUUAAAUGUUUUUUGCGCUAUGAAAUCCAUAAGUUCAUUUAAAAUGUAAUCUUUAGCACUUGUUAAAUCAACGUUCUAUAAUCUCACAGCUCACUGUUUUGACAGAUGGCAUUAUAUGUAACCUGGAAAAUCUGUCAGAAAAAGUAGCUAUUGUCAACUGAAAUUUUUGCAGGCUUACCUCAUGUUGGUGAAGCAGAAACUGCUGCAUUUUCUUUUGUUAAUAUGUUCCCACUAGCAGAUGCAUGCUGUGUUUUUCUUUUCGUAGGGAGAUCAUGAUAUCUCGUAGGGAAAGAUGCGCCAUAUUAUAUCUGUCAUAAAAUGAGUGCUGCUAACAGUUUGCCACCAUCUGGUACGUAAUCUUCAUCCCUCACCAAGUUCUCCAACCUCCAGUUAUACUUCUUGUGAUAUCUGGAAAACCAAUAAAACUUUUAAAGUUUCAGUUGUACAGAUAGAGCUAGAAUACAGUGUAUACAUCUGGUUAAAUUAGAUAUUAUCUUAGGAUGAAUUAUAUUUCUAGACUACAGGCUAACUCGUAACCACACUGACUCCGUAGUGUAACGUUUAUGAAGUAAGUCGCUUAACAUUUCUGCUACAUAUCUUGUCAUUUAGCUUUACAGGACGACUUCAAAAUGCUAUGGUAGUCAAACUUCAUUUCAUGGAAGCUGUUACCAGCAAGUGUAUUGUUUUGAACAUCUGGUUUUUCCGGUUUGCAAAUUAUAGCAGAUUUAGAUUCAAGUAUGAUCCGUUAUAUAUUGUAACGAGAAAUAGUAUAUAGGCACAAUUUUACCACUUUUAUCGGUUUGGGUUUGUCCGAUGGUUGUUUAGACAAUAUAGAACACCCUCGGUCCCACAGUGGCUUAUUUGUGUACAUAGAAAUGUAUAAUUAUUCAUACAUAAAGCAGUUAGUUUUCAUGAAACAAUAGUUUUUGAAUGAACGUUAUUCCUUUGAGCCAGCCAGUGAUCUGAUAUUAAAUGAUAAUGGUAAUAGCAAUAUUACAAGUGCUGUGGGGAAGAGUGUAAGAGUUGAGUUUGUGUUCCCAUAGGGUUUAUAUUCAAGGUUUUUUUUUCACAUUAGGAAGCUCCUUGUGCAGCUUAUAUAGGUGUGUGGUUAGUUAAUUUAACUCUGCAACAUUUUGCAUGAGUUUUUGUAUUCAAUCUUUUAACAGCACACACUACAAUUAUGAUAUACAGGCAGUUCCCUGCUUACGACUGGGGUUCCGUUCUCGAGACGUGCCUUAAGCUGAAAAUCGUUACAAGCAGGAAAAUCAUAAAAAUCCUAAGAAAACCUUACUUUUUAAUGCUUUGGGUGUAUUAAAAACUAUGCAAACUGCAUUUUUAUUGUGAUUUUUUUUUAUCAAAAAACCUUCAAAUAUUGAUUAUUUUGCAUUUUUGGAGUCAUAUUUCUUCUGCCAGAUCAAAGUCGUAAGCGUUGUAAACCUGGAAAUAGUUUCUGAUGAAUAUAAUUGAAAAGCGUUGUAACCUCGGAACGUCUUAAGCCGUCGUAAGCUGGGGACUGCCUGUAGUCAAAUGUUUUGGCUGUUAAAUAGGGCAUAAGUAUGGCAGACAAUCCCUUAGUUUUUAGGUCACUCUUUUAAGCUUUAAUUUUGAAAACCUCGGCUUUUAGAAACUAAUUUACUGGCGGCCCAAUUCAUUGGCAGCCUCUCCUUAAGGUGCCGGGAGAAUUUGCUCACUCUUAAAAUCGGUUUCUCGGCGCCAACGGCAUUAGCGGCUGCGAGUUGGUGCCUUUCACUUGUUUUAGAAGUUUACUAAUUACUGUGAUAGUUUCCUUCCUGCCUUUCCAUUCUCCAUUUAUAUUCUUUUAUCGUUUAAACGUUGUUCGAGAUUAAGUUUCCAGAGAUACAUUACCAUGUUUACCUGCUAUGGAUUAGUUAUUAAUACGUAUGCGUAGGGAUCCUUUUACGUAAUUUCUAGCGCUGAAAUGAGACAUGUGAAAAUUUAUCCAUAUCAAAAUGAGAUUGGCAGUGGCUUACCACAGAAGCCUCUUGUAUAGUAACCUUUUUUUUGGGUGUCUGGUGUACUGGAAAGAAUAUUUAUGGUAUUGUAUACUACUUCCACUGAUUUUUUCCCCUUUCUUUUGUACACUUUAUAUACAGUAAUUACCUUAUGUACAGCAGUGAGUUUAUUCAGCAGAUAGAUCAAUAAAUUUACAUAGCUA